UAUCUGAGCCAUCCAGCAUAAAGCAAUUAUCCGUCAACGUUUCUCCUAAAUUUGACGAAGGAUUACUCGUCACUAAAAAUACCGUUCAGAGUAUGUAUUUGCCUUCACUUAUGCAUACAUUUAUAUACUUGCUAAAUUCUGUAUUUGUGUUUAUCUUAACCGAGUCGUUCAACCUAUUCAUGCCUUUUGAGGUUACAGAAAAGGAAAACAGUUAUACAUAUGGAAGCGUUUACUAGCUCUUUAGCGACGAUUGUCUUUUACGCCGUGGCAAAAGAAUCGCAGAAUUUCAGAUGCCAUGUUUACUAUCUCAUCUUUUAUGAAGCUGUUGCAUUUCUAGGAUUUUCCAAAUUUCUAUUUUCAGAUAUACAUAUCUCAUGAAUUAAUUCUUGUACUUUUUUUUUGUUGCAUAUAAUUUAAUUUGACUAUAAUUACGAGGACUAACAUAAGUUUUAUACGAUCGCGAAGGAAUGACUUCAAAUAUAAGAGGAGCAGCGACGGUUGCCGCACUGGUGCUUCCAUUGAUUCUCCUCUACAAGCUGUUGUGGUCUCGAAGGAGAAGCACUUCCAAUGAUGAAACCAGCGACAACAAUUGCGAUAGCACCAGUCAACAGCCAGAUGCGCAGUACUUUGACCCUACUGAUUCUUCUGAUUUGUUGCCCUUUCCGUCGGUGGAGUACGAGGUGUUUUUGAGCUUCAGAGGUCCAGACACUCGUCAUCAAAUUACGGAUAUCCUAUUUCGUUUUCUUGUUCACUUAAAAAUCCACACGUUUAAGGAUGACGAUGAACUCCGCAAUGGGGAAGGAAUAUGGCCAUCUCUCGCUAAGGCUAUUGGCCAGUCCAAGAUUUACGUUCCGAUAUUAUCGCAGAAUUAUGCUCAUAGCAAAUGGUGCCUUAAGGAGCUUGUCGAAAUUGUUGAAAACAUGAGGCAAGACAAGAGGCGCAUCGUACUUCCUAUUUUUUACAUGGUCGACCUGAGGGACGUACGACAUCAAACCGGCCCUUAUCAGGAUGCGUUUCGGGAACAUGAGAAGAGCUUUGAUCGACAGACCAUACAAAAUUGGAAAGCGGCUCUAACCACAGUAGGAGCUUUGAAAGGAUGGCACGUUACGCAUAAUGACGAGCAAAGUAAAUAUUCAGAUCUUGUUUCAGAUAGUAUAUGGUCACACCUACGGAGGUUCUAUUGCACAGUAGAAACAAAUGAAUUGGUUGCCAUUGAUGGUCAUGUAGAAGAGGUAGUGAAGAGACUAAGUUUAGACUUUAAAGACGUGACAAUGGUUGGACUUCAUGGUAUGGGUGGGAUUGGCAAGACCACUCUUGCGAAAGUUGUCUAUAACAAAAUACUAUCUCACUUUGACUGUUGUAGUUUUGUGGAAAACAUACGAGAAACACAACAUCAAAAUGAUGGUAUUUUUAAAAUACAAAAGAAGAUAAUAGAAGAUGCUACAAGAAAGGAGGAGCGUGUUUGUGAUGUUAGUCAAGGAAGGAGAAUUAUAAUGGAUAGAGUUUCGCAAUUCAAAGUUCUUAUCGUUCUUGAUGAUGUUGAUGAAAAGUUUAAAUUUGGAGAGGUUGUGGGGAAUCCUCAGGGCUUUGUUUCUGGAAGUAGAUAUAUUGUGACUUCAAGAGACUGCAAAAUUUUAAGUAGAUUGAAUGAAAACAAAUGCAAGUUGUACGAAGUUCAAGCACUGAGUCCUUCUCACUCGGUUAAACUCUUCAGCAAGCAUGCAUUUAAGAAGGAUUAUCCCCCACCGGAUUAUGAAAUAUUAUCGAACGACAUUGUAUCCACCAUGGGCGGACUUCCAUUGGCACUUGAGGUUGUAGGAUCGCUUUUGCACCGAGAAGAGAAAUCGAUUUGGGAGGCAAAAUUGAAACAGUUAAGAGAAGUGCCUGAGAAACAUGCCAUAGAAAGAUUAAAAAUAAGUUACGAUGCAUUGGAAUAUGAGGCAAAAGAGAUAUUUUUGGAUAUCGCUUGUUUCUAUAUUGGGAGAAAGAAAAUACAGCCUCUCUACAUGUGGAAUGAUUGCAACUUCAAUCCUACCAUUAACAUUAAUCUUCUUAUUCAGAGGUCGAUGGUCAAAAUUGAUCAAGAUGAUUGUCGAUUUCAAAUGCAUGAUCAAUUAAGAGAUAUGGGCAGAGAAAUAGUUCGUAGAGAAAAUAUCGAAUAUCCAUGGAAGAGGAGUAGAAUAUGGACGGUAGAAACAGCUGUAGAGUUAUUGUAUGAAAAAAAGGGAUCAGAACAAGUUAAAGCAAUUGAGGUAACAACUCCACGGCCUUAUACAAACUUGGCAAGUGAAUGUUUUGUGAACUUAUCAAGUUUGAGGUAUUUCAAAGCACCACCUGAUGCAAAGUUGAAAGGUGACUUUGAUAAUCUUCUUCCCAAUUUAAGAUGGCUUAAAAUGAGAUAUCAUCGAGGUAGGUUGGGUGAUGAUGAUCAUCUAAUCAAUUUUCAUAUGAAAAAAUUGGUUAUUCUUGAUCUCAGCGGUAGCGAUGUUUGCAACGAUUGGGGAGGCUGGACCCAUUUAAAGAUGGCCAACAAUCUAAAAACUUUAAAUCUUUCCAAGUGUGGUAGACUGACAAGACUUCCUGAGCUACCACAAUCUGGAAGUCUAGAGGUGUUAGAUCUUAGUUCCUACAGAUGGCUGGAGUCUACGAGGGACGAUGAGCUGGAUAUUGGCAAGCUGAGGAACCUACUGGUGCUCCGUCUUCCCAGAGCUUGUAUAAAACAGAUAACAGGCGGAACAAUUGGAACGAUAUCAAAGGGUCUCCGAGAGCUCGAUGUCGAGGAGUGCGAGUGCGAGAACCUGGCCCAUGUUCUUGCGGAUGUUGGUGAAUUGCAGUCUCUUCAAAUCUUGAGAACGAGAUCAGCCAAAUGGAAACAAGGAACCCACCAACAGGUGCUGACGAGUAGGCUCGUCGCCGGUUCGAGUAAUUUGAAGGAGCUCACCACUUCGUCUCCAGUUGUUGAUCUCCUACGGUUGCUGGAAUUGGAAACAUUAGUUGUCGAGAGCUGUGAAUAUGGGCUCGAGAUCCCAACCCCAGCAGAAGACGACCACUAUGACGACGACGACGACAAUAACAAUAAAGUGUUGCCAUGGUGGAAGAUAUCCAAGUUGAAGUAUCUGCGGCUCCACGAAGCUUCCAGAAUGUGGUGCAGUAGUAGUGGUAACAACAUUAAUCCUAUUAGCAACUGCAGACUUCCAUCAGCUCUAACCCGCCUCCAUAUUAUUGGUUGCACUCAACUGGAGUGGCUGCCGAAUCUGGAGAACAUGGAGAACCUGAUCGAAUUAAUCAUCGAAAACUGUCCCAUGCCCCGGGAGAUUCAAGGUCUUGGCGGCCUAAAAUCGUUGCAAACUCUACAGAUAUCCGAUGUUGCGAAUUUACGUCAUCUUGACGGCCUGACCAACAACAAUGGUCGUCAUAUGGGGCAGUGUUCGUCGUCGUCUUUGGCUGUAUUGGUACUGGAACGUUGUGGCGCGUUGGAAAGACUACCUAGCUUCAGCCAGCUGAGAAAAUUGUUCACCUUAGACAUUGUGGAAUGCCCUCUUCUCACCGAGAUCCCGUUGUUGGGUUGUCUGUUAUCUUCUUCUAACAAGUUACAAGUGUUGUGCAUACAGGACUGCCCUCGUCUCGCAGCCUUUGUUGGGAACGAAGCUAGAAGAUUGGAGAAUCCUACUCCUCUGCGGAUUCGGAUUCAAGAGGGCGCCAAGAGUUUUAGUUUGAAAUGGAGUCCGUAAAAUAGUCAAAGUUGUGUCGUUUGGAUAUUUUGAGUUUUAAUCCUGCAAAUUGUUGAGUUAGUCGAGUCAGUUAGGUUGUUGAGAUAAGUUUGCUUAAUAGUUGCAGAUUUGCAGGAGAUGAACGUUGGUAGGAUUGUGGAGGCUGAGUUUGUGGCCAAAACGUUAGUAUUUAUAUUUCCUUUCAUCAUUCUAAUAAGAUUGUCAGAUUGCA